GAGCGCGACUCGCUGCAGGCGGAGAGAGACGAGGCUCUAGAGCGGCUAGAGGAUAUCGGUGAGGAAGAGAACCGCUUGAAACUGGACUCGGUCAAGAAGUCAAUCGCCAAACUCAAGGCAGAAAAAGAUGAUUCAAUGAAGCAAGUAGCCACCUUGAAAGAUCAACUUCGUGGCAUGAAAACUGAGGUUGACAACGUGCUAAGGCAAGUGGCAGAUGCUGAAGGGGACGAGUAG